AUGAUGAGCUUCAGCGGCGCGGACGCGCUGCUGGGCGCCCCGUUCUCGCCGCUACAUGGAGGCGGCAGCCUGCACUACCCGCUGGCCCGCAAGGGCGGAGCGCGCUCUGCUGCCGGCUCAUCCAGCGGCUUCCAUUCCUGGGCGCGGACAUCCGUGAGCUCUGUAUCCGCUUCGCCGGGCCGCUUCCGCGGUGCAGGAGCCACCUCGAGCACCGACUCGCUAGACACGUUGAGCAACGGACCGGAGGGCUGCGUGGUGGCAGCGGCGGCGGCCCGCAGCGAGAAGGAACAGUUGCAGGCUCUCAACGACCGCUUCGCAGGCUACAUCGACAAGGUGCGGCAGCUCGAAGCACACAACCGCAGCCUGGAGGGCGAGGCGGCGGCGCUGCGGCAGCAGCAGGCGGGCCGCGCCGCUAUGGGCGAGCUGUACGAGCGAGAGGUGCGCGAGAUGCGCGGCGCCGUGCUGCGCCUGGGAGCGGCGCGCGGCCAGCUGCGCCUGGAGCAGGAGCACCUGCUGGAAGACAUCGCGCACGUGCGCCAGCGCCUAGACGACGAGGCCCGGCAGCGGGAGGAGGCUGAGGCGGCAGCGCGCGCACUCGCGCGCUUUGCGCAGGAGGCUGAGGCGGCACGCGUCGAGCUGCAGAAAAAGGCGCUAGCACUGCAGGAAGAGUGCGGCUACCUGCGGCGUCACCACCAGGAGGAGGUGGGCGAGCUGCUCGGCCAGAUCCAGGGCUGCGGCGCCGCGCAGGCGCAGGCGCAGGCCGAGGCGCGCGACGCCCUUAAGUGCGACGUGACGUCGGCGCUGCGCGAAAUCCGCGCGCAACUCGAAGGCCACGCGGUGCAGAGCACGCUCCAGUCGGAGGAGUGGUUCCGAGUGAGGCUGGACCGACUAUCAGAGGCAGCCAAGGUGAACACAGAUGCCAUGCGCUCAGCACAGGAGGAGAUAACUGAGUAUCGGCGCCAGCUACAGGCCAGGACCACAGAGCUGGAGGCACUCAAAGGUACCAAGGACUCACUAGAGAGGCAACGCACUGAGCUGGAGGACCGUCAUCAGGCUGACAUCGCAUCCUACCAGGAAGCCAUCCAGCAGCUGGACACCGAGCUGAGGAACACCAAGUGGGAGAUGGCAGCCCAGCUCCGAGAGUACCAGGACCUGCUCAAUGUCAAGAUGGCUCUGGAUAUUGAGAUUGCCGCUUACAGAAAACUCCUGGAGGGCGAAGAGUGUCGGAUUGGCUUUGGCCCCAGUCCUUUCUCCCUUCCAGAAGCACUCCCCAAAAUCCCCUCCACAUCCACUCACAUAAAGGUCAAAAGUGAGGAGAUCAAGGUGGUAGAAAAGUCAGAGAAGGAAACCGUGAUUUUGGAGGAACAGACAGAGGAAAUCCAAGUGACUGAAGAAGUGACUGAAGAAGAAGAGAAAGAGGCCAAAGAGGAGACAGGCGAGGAGGAGGAAGCAGAAGGAGGAGAAGAAGAAACAAAAUCUCCCUCAGCAGAAGAGGCUGCAUCUCCAGAGAAGGAAGAGGCCAAGUCACCAGUUGGAGCCAAGUCCCCGGUGAAGGAAGAAGCUAAGUCCCCAGUCGAGGCCAAGUCCCCAGAGAAGGAAGAGGCUAAGUCAUCAGAAAAGGCUAAGUCCCCCAUGAAAGAAGAAGCAAAAUCACCAGCUGAGGCCAAGUCCCCCGUGAAGGAAGAGGCCAAGUCUCCAGCUGAGGUGAAAUCUCCCGAGAAAGCUAAAUCCCCUGUGAAAGAAGAAGCAAAAUCACCAACUGAGGUGAAGUCCCCAGAGAAGACCAAGUCCCCAGUGAAGGAAGAAGCAAAGUCCCCAGAGAAGGCCAAGUCCCCUGUGAAGGAAGAGGCCAAAUCCCCAGAGAAGGCCAAGUCCCCAGUGAAGGAAGAGGCCAAAUCCCCAGAGAAGGCCAAGUCUCCUGUGAAGGAAGAGGCCAAAUCCCCAGAGAAGGCCAAGUCCCCUGUGAAGGAAGAGGCCAAGUCCCCAGAGAAGGCCAAGUCCCCUGUGAAGGAAGAGGCCAAGUCCCCUGUGAAGGAAGAGGCCAAGUCCCCUGUGAAGGAAGAGGCCAAGUCCCCAGAGAAGGCCAAGUCCCCUGUGAAGGAAGAGGCCAAGUCCCCUGAGAAAGCUAAGACUCUUGAUGUGAAGUCUCCAGAAGCCAAGACCCCAGCAAAGGAGGAAGUAAGGUCCCCUGCAAUUAUCAAAUCUCCUGAAAAGGCAAAAAGCCCUAUCAAGGAGGAGGUCAAGUCCCCAGAGAAGGUGAAAUCUCCUGUGAAGGAGGAGGCCAAGGCUCCUGAGAAAGAGAUCACAAAGAAGGAAGAGGCAAAGUCCCCUGUGAAGGAGGAAGAGAAACCCCAGGAAGUGAAGGUCAAAGAGGCCCCAAAGAAGGUAGAAGAAGAGAAAGCUCCAGCCACACCAAAACCUGAGGAGAAGAAGGACAGCAAGAAAGACGAGGUGCCUAAGGUCCAGGAGAAGAAGGAACCUGCUGUGGAGAAGCCCAAAGAAUCCAAGGUUGAAGCCAAGAAAGAGGCUGAAGAUAAGAAAAAAGCAGUGACCCCAGAAAAGGAGGCUCCUGCCAAGGUCAAGGAGGAGGCCAAGCCCAAAGAGAAGGCUGAGGUGGCCAAGAAGGAGCCAGAUGAUGCCAAAGCCAAAGAACCCAGCAAAGCAGCAAAGAAGGAGCCAGAAAAGCCAAAAAAGGAAGCGACACCAGCAGCACCUGAGAAAAAAGAUGUCAAGGAGGAGAAGACCACAGAGGCCAAGAAGCCUGAGGAGAAACCCAAAGAGGAGCCCAGCAAGGAGGCCCCCACACCUGGCAAAGCCAAGACAGAAAAGGCUGAGAAAUCCUCUAGCACAGACCAGAAAGACAGCAGGCCUCCAGAGAAGGCUACAGAAGACAAGUCCUCCAAGGGGGAGAAAUAAGGCAGGGAGAAAGGACUAUCCAGAACAGCCAAAGAAACUCAGGAGGGUCCAGGAGCUCAAGGAUUGACAUAACAGAUUUUCAUUUUUUCUCCCUUUUCUUUAUAUAAGAAACUCUGCUUAGACGAUGGGGCCCUCCUUCACCAAACAGAAAUUUCUGUUAGCAAUAUGUUAGCAAGAAAGGGUAUUCCUGACCCCAACACCACACCCUAACACCCCCCAGGCAAUGGACAAUUAUGUUAUGAUAGCUUAUGUAGCUGAAUGUGAUAUAUGCCGAAUGCCACAUGUAAACACUUGAGUAUAAAAACUGACCCCUUCCUUUCCAAAUAAGUGCAUUUAUUUCCUGUAUGUGCAACUGACAGGUGACCGCAAUAAUGAAUGAGCAGUUAGAAACACAUAAUGCUUGAGAUGUCUUAACUUAUUCCUGAAUGCCUUCUGUUUUCCAAAGGAGUGGCCGAGCCCUUGCCCAGAGCUCUCUAUCCUGGAAGAGCUGGAGCAGGUGGGGCUGUGCUCUGGCCACUGAAUUACGCCAGGGCACACUUUUCCACUGGAGUUCACUUUCAAUUGCUUCUGUGCAAUAAAACCAAGUGCUUAUAAAAUGAAAA